GAUAAUCUACAUGUACAGGUAUUGAACUUGACCUUUGAUUGACAUCAAAUUUGUCCAUCAAUGUAUGCGAACCUGAAGGAUGUCGGCUGGAUGUACCACGGAGUCCCUUUUUGCAAGAAAAAAGGACCAGUGUUUGUGCCGCCUAUUUCACAGAUUCCGGAUAUCGGUUGUAUGCCAGAAGAGGCCUAUCCAAAAUGUGAGCCCCAGACCAUAUUUAAGUCAACUGAUUCGCCCUAUAUUCGCCUGGCCAAAAUGGGAGGUCGUCCAGACCUGCUUUGCUUUAAAGAAAAUGAGCCCUACAAAGGACCUGCCGCUCCGUAUUGCCGCUGCGAUUGGUAUUAUUUAGAGGAUAAUAAGCAAGAAGAUGCUGAGAAUGCACAACCGCAGAAGAAGCAUGUUUUCAAGGUCCCGUUCUACAUGACGCAUCCAGAGAACAAGAAAACUGAAGUGCUAACAAAACCCAUUGUACAAUCCACCCCGCCGGAACUGCCACCACCGAGAAAGGCAGUCAAGUGCCGCAAACUGCCACCACAUCGACCAGGCUAUGCAGAUUACAAUAGAAAACCAACCAAGAUUGGUAUCGCCUACAAACCGCCCGUGCUCAGUACACCGGUCACAUUUCCAAAGCGCGAUGUCCAAGAGUGUGAUCCCACCACAAUGCCCAAACUGAUGGCUAACGCCUAUAAAUCGGAUUAUGACGAGUACCGAAAACAAUGGAAGGAAGUGUUUAAUUACUACAAGGAUAAAGAUGAGUGUAAACAAACAUAUGAGCGGGCGAAGUCGAAACCGAAGCCGAGGUCACAACAACCCAAGCGAAAUGCGCAAGCCUAAACUGCAUGGUCAAAUGUGAACCCUAUGUAAGCGCCAGCUGACAAACUAAGUGAUAGAUCGGAUCAAGUCAGCUCUAUACGUGCGACAUGGCAUGUGCCUUACUUCUCUACAUUAGCCAAAUGUAGCAACACACAAAGGAUUUCAACUGGUCUUUGUUUUAAUGAAAUAAAUCCUGUCGCAAGCA